AUGGCUUCCAAGUCCAUAUGUACGCGCUGUCUGCGUGUAGCGAAGACAAACCUACCUUCGCGAUCACGUCCUUUCAUCCAGCGAGCAUGCAUCUCCUCUACCACUCUUCCUCCACCACUACCGAGCGCGAAGCAACAGAGCCGCAAGAUCCACCACUCUGCCCAGCAGAAUGCAGCAUCAACAGCAGCAGCCACCGCAUCUUCUAGCUCGACUCCCGAUGAGUCUCGCGUACUCCUCAAACCCGACAAUCUCUUCCAUUCUUUUACAAACUCGCCGUCACCCACCAUACGUCGUAGGGCCGCGUUCAUGCGCAUGAACGCUUAUUGUCCCCACCCUGAGCAUCAAGCCACUCGUGCGCCAACAUCUCCACACGAUCUGGAAGCGAGGAAAWCAGGCGCCGCUCCGCCAGCACAUGUCCGCUAUGAGUGUCCUGAUUGCGGGAUCCCAGUCUCUUGCAGCGAGGAGCACUUCGUGGACGACUAUGAAUCUCAUCUAGAGAUCUGCGAUCUUUUGAAAGAGAUCAACCAAGAUGAUCACGAUCUUUCCUCUGGCAGGUUCUUCCCAGAGUUUGAGUACCCACCUGCAGGGAUGGACGAAGCACAGGUCAACUUGACCAAUUGGGAUACCAUGCUCUUUAGCCGGGAGUUCAACGCGGUCAAUGACGAGCGAAGUAUGAGGCAGGUGACAAGAUUAUUGACGUAUCCCAUUACAAUUGGAAGCAUUCUCCACGAACUCAGUCCAUACAGUCUAAAGGACAAACUCCUCCCCGAAGGUCUUCGAUCUUUGAGCGCAUUGCGUUACACCCUCCACCCACCUCGUACAGGUGCCGGGAUUGAUAUAAAAGGCCUUCGGCCAAACCCUCCGCCGGUCCGUCUCUUCAUUCUUGGUGCCCGUGCCGAAUCCUCUCUGCCUCGUGAAGUCUGGCUCCAGCUUUCUCAUCUUUUCCCUCGAGCGACGUUCCAUCUCAACUUCAUCGGUCCGGAAAGUAUGGCGAAUCGCGAUGAUGAGUUUCCCCUUCCGGAACGCACGCCUUCCAACCCCUUUGGCGCCAUCGUCGAAGAUCGUCUUGGAGGUGCAGUCAAAAUAAGCACAUAUGUCGAGUACUUCCACACUCUUCAUGAAGCACAGCACUUUGCGCCCUACGAUCCCUACUUUGAUGCUUUCGUUCUCUUCCAUCCUGGUCUCGGACAUCCCGCUAGUUCCCACGAAUGGAAAGAUACCAUUCCUCAACUGCUCGAGACGAAAGUCCCGAUCAUUUGCACUGGAUACACCGAGUUUGACAUGCAGAGAGAUAUUGAGUGGGUCCAGAAAGAAGUUGGCGGCGAAAUGGAUCUGAUCAUCARGCCUGGCGAGAACCGCUUCCGAAGUUUGAGGUGGGAGAUUAAUGACGCGGAUCCAGGAGAUGUGAGCUGCGGGAACUGGGGUGUCUGGGGCUUCAGAGGAAAGAGGUAUGAGGCCGAGGAGUUCAGAGGUAAAGAGAACGAGGGGAAAGAGGAGGCAGAGUAA